CUGCUCAGCGAUUUUUAAACCUUUAUAUUGUAAUGUUUGCAUGUUUUGUGUGACCUAUCGGUGCGCGGUUAGUCUGGGACGGGCUUCCUGGAGCCAGGCGAGCGAGGGCGCAGCGGAGGCGGUGUCCUCCGCGGGUGUAGCAUCACCGGGCUGCUAGCUUCUCCCUGGUCGGCCUUGAUAAGGCAUCCACAACCUCGGAGAUAGAGAGACACAGCUGUACAGCAACCCGGAGGAAACACCGUAGCUUCACUCAAUGCGACGACAGAACACCGUUUCGUCUGUUUUUUUCCAGAACAGGCGUCGGCGUGUUUUGCUACUGAUGGAGGAAUUUGCAAGCGUCAUCGCAGUUCUGUUUCCCGAUGUGUAGUUGUUGCCGGCUAACUAGUUAGCCACUUACAGUUGUGCAAUCCACCAAGCGCGGAGACCCAAGUGAACUGAAGACCAUCUUCCAGAAGUACGCCAGUGUGGUGGACAAGGAUGGCGAAAAGUUUAUGACCCCGGGAGACUUUGUCCAGAAAUUUCUCGGGCUGCACACACAGAUUCACCACAACCCUAAAACUGUUCAACUAAUUGCUGCAGUAGCAGACACCACGAAAGACGGUCUGAUAUCCUUCCAGGAGUUUCUUGCAUUUGAGUCGGUGCUGUGUGCGCCAGACACACUCUUCAUAGUUGCCUUCCAACUGUUUGACAAGAGCGGAACAGGAGCCAUUUCCUAUGAGAAUGUGCGAGACAUUUUCAGCCAGACCACGGUGCACCACCACAUUCCCUUCAACUGGGACUGCGAGUUCAUCCAUCUGCACUUCGGACAUGACCGCAAGAAACGCCUCAACUACCUCGAGUUCACCCAGUUCUUGCAGGAGCUGCAGCUGGAGCAUGCGCGGCAGGCGUUCGCCCAGAAGGACAAGGGCAAAAAUGGCGUCAUCUCGGCCAUGGACUUCAGCGACAUCAUGGCCACCAUCAGACAUCACAUGCUCACUCCAUUUGUGGAGGAGAAUCUUGUCUCAGCUGCAGGGGGCAGCACCUCUCACCUGGUCAGCUUCUCUUACUUCAACGCCUUCAACUCCCUCCUCAACAACAUGGAGCUGAUCCGCAAGAUCUACAGCACACUGGCCGGCACUCGUAAGGACACGCUGGUCACCAAAGAGGAGUUUGUUCACGCCGCCAACAAGUUCGGUCAGAUCACACCCAUGGAAAUCGACAUCCUGUACCAGCUGUCGGGGCUGCACUCCCCCUCUGGGCGCCUGAACCUCGCCGACAUCGAGAGGAUAGCACCGCUAGAAGAAGGCUGUCUGCCGCACCACUUAGUGGAAUCCCAGAAACAAUCCCAUGGUGAUGGCGGCAGGCCUGUGUGGCUCCAGGUAGCAGAGUCUGCCUACAGGUUCACUCUGGGCUCCAUCGCAGGAGCCACCGGAGCGACGGCUGUUUACCCCAUCGACCUGGUGAAGACCCGCAUGCAGAACCAGAGGUCCACGGGGUCCUUCGUCGGAGAGCUGAUGUACAAGAACAGCUUCGACUGCGCCAAGAAGGUGCUCCGCUACGAGGGUUUCUUCGGCUUCUACAGAGGUCUGGUUCCGCAGCUGAUCGGCGUGGCACCUGAGAAGGCCAUCAAACUCACUGUGAACGACUUUGUGCGAGACAAGUUCACCGACAAAGACAACACAAUUCCUUUAUACGCCGAGAUCAUGGCUGGCGGCUGUGCUGGAGGGUCACAGGUCAUUUUCACCAACCCUCUGGAGAUCGUCAAGAUCCGUCUGCAAGUGGCGGGUGAAAUCACCACGGGACCCCGAGUCAGCGCCCUCAGUGUGGUCCGUGACCUGGGCUUUUUCGGCCUCUACAAGGGGUCUAAAGCCUGCUUCCUGAGAGACAUCCCCUUCUCUGCCAUCUACUUCCCCACGUACGCCCACACCAAGGCGGCGUUGGCAGACGAUCAGGGCAGGGUGGGACCUCUGCAGCUGCUGACUGCUGGAGCCAUUGCAGGUAUCCCUGCAGCCUCCCUGGUGACCCCAGCUGACGUGAUCAAGACUCGCCUGCAGGUGGCAGCGCGGGCGGGACAGACCACCUACAGUGGAGUUAUCGAUUGCUUCAGGAAGAUCAUGAGAGAGGAAGGAUUCCGGGCUUUGUGGAAGGGAGCUGGAGCUCGUAUGUGCCGCUCCUCUCCUCAGUUUGGUGUGACUCUGGUCACCUAUGAGCUCCUGCAGAGGUGGCUCUACAUCGACUUCGGCGGGCAUCGCCCGACAGGUUCCGACCCGACACCCAAGUCCCGCAUCUCUGAGCUCCCUCCGAUCAACGCAGACCACGUGGGCGGGUACCGCCUGGCCGCGGCGACCUUCGCCGGCGUGGAGAACAAAUUUGGCCUUCACCUCCCCAAAUUUAAAUCCUCUGGGGUUGUUUCUAUUCAUCACCCGGAACAAGUCGCUGCCAAGCCUGCACAGGCCCAGUGAAGGCUCUGAGCUGUUUCACUUCCAUCCCACCCGACCUCUCAGGAGCCGGACGCUGAGAUUCUCACACGCAGGAGUGAGCUGCUGCACUCUCCAGUGGCUUCAUGUUCUCCUCUUCACCUCUCCUGUCAAUCAGAGCCUUGGCCUCCGCCUCUUAGUAGCUGAUAUGAUUUUGUUUUCAGUUUUUUGUUCCGGCCGUCGCUCAGUGUGAGUAGGACACCUCAUUGGUCUGUGGGCAUAAACAAUUCGACUGGUUAUGAUGGCGGGUUAUAACGGAGCUGCUGACAAAAACUGUCAAAUGUUACAGAAGCGCUGUAACAUUCCGUCAGCCGACGAUAGCCACCGCAACGUUCUGCUCUUGAAAAGUCAGGAUGUACAGAACUUUUCCAUCGUUUUCUUGAUACAACAAGAAUAUUAAACAGAGAAUUAGGUAUUAAUAAAUUAAAUGCAUUUAAAUCCAGUUACUGUAUUUUAUUGAAAUAAAUCAUCCAUAUGGUUUUAAUUUGACUUGAAUGACUUUUAUUUCACUGGAAAAGCAGCACCAGCGUUUUUGUCCUGAUCAGUAGUGGUGAGGUCCAGUCCACGUGCCCACAACCCCAAAACAAGAAGGUACAUCGGUCCACAGUUCAAAUACAGCAAUGCAGUGACAGUUUUUAAGCACGCCACUAGGGCGGCACCAAACAGAAGGGACUGCUUUUUGCACGCUGUUCUUAAGAGCUUUAUUUUAAGAGUUAUGAGUCAAGUUUUGAGUCAACUACAAAUUAAUACCAAACCGUAGCACUGUUCUGUCCUGCAUUCUCCAUCUGGUACUGAACUCACUUGGCCUGAAUGGUGAC